AUGAUUCUAAUUUCUUUCUAUUUUCCCUUCCUUACUAAUUUAACUUCUUUCUCUUUUAUCUUUGAUUUGUUUUCCUUUUCCAUUCUUUUUUACCUCUGCUCUUCUUCAACAAUGUUGGCAAUUUUUUUUACUUUUAUUCUUUUCUUUAUUUUUCUCUUUAAUAUCUUUUGUUCUAUCUUCAUUCCUAUAUUUUCUUUAUUAUUCUCUUUUCUUCCAUUUCUUUAUCUGCAUCUUGCUUCCUUCUUUCCUGCUACUUUCAAUCUUUUCUUCAUCUGUUUCCUCAUUUCUUGCUUUUAUUUUCUUUAUCUAUUUUCUAUUACUCACUUUUCUUUCUUUCAAUUCUUUUUUUAUUUUUAUAUUUUCACUUUUCCUUCCUUUUCUUCUUUUCACUUUACUAUUUUUAAUUUUUUCCUUUUGCUUCGUUUUCCUUUUUUAUUUUCUUGCUUUUUUCAUUUUUUCUUUCUUUUUCCUUUCCCUAUUUUGUUUCUUUUCAUUUUUCUUUCACUUCUCUCUUCCAAUCUUCCUUUUCUCUCUUCCUUUCUUUUUCCCUUAUUUCUUUUUUUCUUUCUCUUCUCUUUUUCUUUUAUAUUUUCAUUUUUCCUUUCUUUUAUUCUUCUUCUUUCACUUUUUCCCAAUCUUUUACUUCUCUUUUCCUUUCAUUUCUUUUAUUUUUUAUUCUUUUAUUUUUUCUUCUUCCUUCUUUUCACUUCUUUUUUUCUUCCUUUCUUUAUUUUCUUUCUUUUCACUUUUCUUUAUCCUUUUUUUAUAUUUUUCCUUCCCUUUCUUUCAAUUUCCUUUUUCUUCCUUUUACUUCUUCUUCUUUUCACUCUCCCUUUCUUUUUUAUUUUCACUUUUUAUUAUUCAUUUUUUCACCUUUCCUUUUCUCUUAAUUUCACAAUUUUCUUUGAUCUGUUCUUUCUUUUCUUCAUACCUGUUCAAUUUGGAACUAUAUCUGGAUGGAUCUUAACUACAACUGAUACAAUUGGGAGUUGA